AUGAAUACAUAUUCCCACUCAGCUCCCUCCAAUAGUGUCCAGAAAAGUAGACUAAAAGGAUCUGAGUACUCCUCGGUCCACAGUGGAUCCAUUUAUAUCCUCAGUGAUCCAUCGUCUGCAGUUCUGAGCUCAGUGUCUGCAUGGAGGCUGCAGGCUGCAGCUAGCUGCUCACUACACUGCGGGGGGGAAACCAGCAACUGCAAUGAACCGACCAGAUUCCAGCUUAUCAAAUGUUUUGGUCGGACUUCACCGUCCAUGAACUUCUCUUCGAGGGAUGUAGGAAACGGAUGUUCAAACACAGAUCUCAGCGAGGAAGACAUCGACAAUCUACAGUUUGAGCUCACAAAGGUAGAGGAUGAAAUUCAGACCUUACGGCAGGUGCUUUUGGCUAAAGAACACUAUGCAGCAGACAUCCGGGCACAGCUGGGUUUGAGCCCCAUGAGUAACAUCAAACAGAACCUGUCCAAAGGCUGGCAUGAAGUCCAGACGUCAUCCCCAUACCUCACAGCCUCGGCCACUUUGGAGGACAUCAGUAACUCUAAUGUAUGUAUGAGGACCCGGGAGAGUCUUUCCUAUGCAGGUCAGGUCACAACGUCUGCGUUGUCCAGUGUGGGAGUUGUCAUCACCAGGAAACUGACAGAGAUGAGAGCUCUGCCUCUUCCUGUCCCACCACGCACCCUGACACACACCAUGAGCGUGCCGUCUAUGAGACACUCCUCUACGUUCAAGUCUUUUGAGGAAAUGGUCGGCAAUGUGAAGGAGAAGGUGACCAGCGGUUUGUCUAAUAGCAGAGACACCUCCGGGUUUGAUAGAGGAUCCUCACGUCACACCACAUGAGAUCGACCCAUUCAACACACCGCUAAAAUGUUUCAUACUUUGUAAAGUAAUGAAAUAAUGUUUUU